AUGCAGAACCAGGGAGACGGGAAAAGAUGGCCAAACCUGGAUUCCACGAAGGUUAGAGCUCCAGACGGGGAAGGAGAUCUGGCCGGAGACAACGAGCAUCUAAGUAGCAGGGUAAACAGGGAUGACGGUCGAAGUAGUGAGGCAACAGAAAUCUAUGUUUCAAGCCGCAAAGCAAAGGUCAGAGAUGUAGGGCAAAGACUAUUGAUUUUGCCGGAGCUUGAGGUUCUCGUGUACGUUGAAGUUAGGGUUCUAAGUGCUAGAGCGGGGAGAAAAAAAAAUAAUUUUGGAAAGGAGAGAGAUGGGAGUCAAAGGGAUUUUGGGUUGGGGCAGGGUAUGGGGAAGUGGAAACCAAACUUUUAG